GUGUGUGAGUUUUUUUUUGUAAUGAAUAAGCAUGCCAAAUUCAUCUCUAUUUUUAAACUGCUGUUUAUAUUUUGCACCACUUACAUGAAUAAUAAUAUAACAUCUAAUAAAGCGCACCCUCCUAGGUUGUAACCACUCGCGAAAUAGAACAACCUUCAUAAGAAAACGAUAAAAAUACUUUUUUAUCGUUUGUAAAAACACUUUUUUAAGAAAAUUUGUAUACAGGUAAUAUCAGUUGUUCCAACUGGUUGCCUUAAUUAUGAUACCUAUAGUUAUUGGUAAUAAAAUUAACUUGUCACACAAAACUUACUCUUGGGACUUUGUAUAGGAAGUAUUAUAUUUGUUCUUUCUUUUAUUUUGAUGAAACUUGUUUACUUUCAAGAGUUGUAUCACCACCUAAAGAGGGUUUUCAUUUAAGAAUAACACUUUGUUUAAACUAUCACCAAGGAAAGGCUUUCUCUAGCAGCUUAUUAAUUAAUUCUAUAUUCAAGUGUACCGGUCAUACAAAGCCAAUACUUUUAAUUAGGUACUGAAUUGUCACUAUGACGAAGACAUUUUGAUAUUUUACAAACCUGGUUACUUAUAUGCAAAUUGAACUUAGAGACAUUUUUGGCGAUCUAAAUCGGUUAGUCCCGCUAUGGUAUGGUCCCGGUAUGGCACCCUCUUAAAAUACCUAUCAAAAAGUCCCGCUAUGGUACCCUUCAGUUUUUGGUACUGUUGUAAAGAAAACUUAUACAAUGCGUUAAGAAAAAAAUAGUAUUAAUAAAAAAUAUCUUUUCUUAACUAUUAUAGUUAAGCAAGAUAAUAUUUAUUAAUACUAUUUUUUAAACAAAUCACGCUCGGUAAUUGUCGUUUCACUUCAGGUAGUUACCUGACCAACCGGUUUUUUCGUAAAACAAUAGAGACGAGCCCUUCCUCGAAUUCGUAUCUAGCUCUUCCCUUUUGUUUUUAUGAAAAUAGAGAGAGACAGUAUUAUUCCGGGUUUAGUUUGCUAUUUGCAGCUGUACUUUUGCGAUAUGAGUAAUUAGGAUAGCUUGUUAGUUUAUCUAUUGCAAUGUCUGGGUCAAGUAGUUCACGUGGUGUAAAUUUAAUAAUUAUUGACAGUCGACGCGGUGGAAAAACUUUAUUACGUGCCGGACAUAAAUAUAUUAAACGCAGAGAAAAUAAAAAUUCAAGUACUUGGCAUUGUGUAAAUAGGAGAAAUAGUAUUAAAUGUAGUGGAUAUAUAACUAUUGAGAAUACCAAUAAUACAAUAAUUAAAGAUUAUAAACACAGUGAUCAGUGCGUGCCACAUUUUGAAGACAAUGAAGUUCAAAUGGCUAUAAGUGAGUGCAAAAAAGACGUAAAUUCAAAUUACGGAUCAGUACAGAAAAUUUUCGAAAAACACAUGGGUAACUUAAAAGACAAAGGGUUACACCUUACAGGAAAUGUUCCUGACUAUAAAAAAUUAAAAACAGUAUUAUACAGACACCGAAAUAAGUCGUUGAACGUACCAAAAACACAAUUUAAGAAUGUGGAUGAAAUUAUAAUACCAGAAGAAUUUAAUAAGUAUGUAUUGGCUGAUUAUUGUAAUGAAGACUGUAAUCGAAUAAUUAUAUUUUCCUCGACAGAAGUAAAGGAACAUAUAAAAUGUGUAACGCAUUACUUUGGUGAUGGCACUUUCGACGGCUGCCCAAACCCAUUCGAACAAGUUUAUGUCAUUCAUGGAGACAUGGGAAGCACUGACUUAUCCACGAAUGUAGCACCAUUAUUUUAUAUUCUGUUAAAAAACAAAGAAGGGAAAACUUAUGAAAAAGUUUUCGAAUUGAUUAAACAAACUUUGCCUGAAUGGCGUCCAUCGAAAUUUACCUUCGAUUAUGAAAUAGGAGUAAUAAAUGCAGCAGCGAAGAUUUUUUCUGAUAUCAAAAUAAAUGGAUGUAACGUACAUUUUCAAAAGAACGUUAUCAAAAAAGCGAAAUCUUUAAAUCUCAUGGAACACGAAGAGUCCUCGAACCAUGUUAAGCAAUGCAUAGGCUUGGCGUUUUUGCCAAAACAAGAUAUUGAAGACGGCUGGCUGCAUAUAAUGGAAAAUAGUUUCGACGAUGAAGCUAUGACCAAAUUCAAUGACUAUUUUGUCACUCAGUGGCUUGAAUAUCCAGACCUCAUUUGGUGUUGCCAUAAUGAACGCCAUAGAACAACUAACUUGGCGGAAUCAUGGAAUGGCAGAUUCAACAAAAUUAUUGGAAAAAAUCCCAGUUUAUUAUUGUUUCUGCAAACAAUUGGCAACGACACAUGUCACUUUGAUAUAAAACAAGCCAACUUUCGACUAAAAAGAUCACCUAUAAAUUCAAGAAAAAGAACAAGUAUAGAAAUCGACCGCCAGAUUCAAAAGCUAACAAAAAGUUACGAAAAUAAAGCUAUCUCCAUUGGUGAUUUUCUGAUUAACAUAUCAAAGUCAAUAUUUCGAUCAGAACAUUUAAAAAAAUAGUUUAUUUUAAUUUUGUUUUUAGCCUAUUAAAAUGUUUAAUACUUUUUCUCGAUGUUGAUUAUUUUUUGUAGUUUAUGUUUACAAUUUGCGCCUUUUUCUCCAUGUUGAUUAUUUGUAAUUAAUAUAUUUGUCUAGUUGGUUGUUGAUUAUUUUUGUAGUUUAUAUAAAUUUACAAUUACUGCCUUUUCUCAAUGUUGAUUAUUUGUAACUAAUAUUUAUGUCUGGAUGUUGUUUUUAUUUGUAGUUUAUAAUAUUUACAGUAAUACUUUUCUGAGAUGUGGAUUUUUUAUAUUUUUUUUAUUGUUG